CACACAUUUCUGGAGAGAGCAAUAUGUACCUAGGUAGUCGCUGGGUGUCGGCCCCUUGCCUGCCCGUAGCCCUACGUGCGUACACUGCCCUGGUGUGUAGUGCAAUGUACAGGAGCUACUACGUACCGCUCCAGUGGACUGCGCCAACCCCGGAAGGUACCUGAAGCUAUGAUGUCGAUUGACCUCGAUGUUCGCUAUCUCCCGCUCGCGCGUAGGGCCAACCUCACCUCAGAGCAGAGUAGUCCUCUACACCUCCCAUAAACAACAACCUCGAGACGGGCUAUGGAACUUGCAGUCUGCGCCGUAAACCAUGAACUCCGACAUCCCCAUACAGAUCGCUGAGACCAUCCAAACAGCGCACAUCAAGCGCGAGCCCUCCCCUUCGCACGACAUCAACCCCUCUACCGCCGCGUCCAAGCGCGAGCCUGCGUCCCUCCGAACCCAGACCAGUCACAGUCAGCAUCAUGACUCACUAAUACCUGACGGCGGGAUCGACGAGGACGAUGACGAGGAGGACUAUGCACAGUCAGAAACAGAAACAGAUGAGGCGAGCGAAUACAACGUGGUCAAGUCCAGGCCCCGGCGCAACAUCCAUCACCUACCCCCGAUCCCGGACCUGCGGUACGAGCAGAGCUACCUGCACAGUAUACGCAAUGCAGAUACGUGGUGGAAGGUGGUGUUGAUUACGGCGAGGGAUCAGGUCAUGAUGCCCCUAGUUCAAGGUCUCCUCUACAACAUCCUAGUCUGCGGCUGGCAGUCCUGGAACCGAAACGCCCAGAUUCACGGCUCCUCGAUCGGAGCCCGGGUGCGGCGCUGGUGGUACGGGGUCAAUAACUGGGAGAUUCCCCCUGCUCCUGGUCCCUCUCCUUCUGUUAAACCAUAAGCUAUCAUAUGGCCCAAAAAGAAAACUUAUUUUCUGGAUCCAUUCUUAUACUUUUCUUCACCCUCGCUUUGUCGAAAAACAGGUCGCAAAAUGUACGCAUCUUCCAGACUCGCCGAUCCAGCAGCUGGAACCUCAAACAGAACUUCAGCGGAGGCGGUGGCUACGGAGGAAGGGAGGGGAGGAAGGUGGUAGAGGCGUUCAGCCAGAACUUCCAGAGGGAGUUGGGCGGUGGUUACGCUUGAGUGGACAAAUAGUUGUGGGAAAGGGGCUUUGGGGAUGAAGGAUCUUUGCCUCGCUGCAUUGCACGGUUUUGUAAAUGGACUCGAAACAAGCAUCUUGAUUCAAGCAUUCAUGGUAAGAUGUGAACAUUGGCCAUAUCGGACUGGCUGCAUGUCCGUUGUGUAAGAGACCGUCACAUGCUGUGCAUGCAAGAUUUCAACUUGUCUCAUAACUAAGGAAUUCAAGGAUCGAGAUGCUAUCAUAACCACAUAA